AUGGCCAGUCUGGGAAUGCCUUUCACAGCGGCGGAUUUACCAUCAGCGCUGUGCCAAGGUCCAAUAAAAAUAGAGAAGCAAUUUGACUGGGAGAGCUUUCAUGGCAGCCUGGGUUGGAGGGCAUGCCUGGCCUACAUCCAGGGUUCCUGGGAAAUGGAGCAGAGGAGGAGGAGGAGCUGGACGGCCGGACAGCAGUCUCUUCAUCUGCCUCCACCUCCUGAACAUCUCCAGCAGAAGCAGCCGUGCAGCUCUGUGACUGAGGGACUCCGGGGUUUGGAUGCAGAUGCAUGUGGCCAGAAAGAUGAAGCAGAUAUCUUCUUCGUAAUAGACGACUCAGACAGCGUCACUGAAAGAGACUUCGCUGACACAAAGGACUUCAUGGCUGGCUUCAUUAAAACAUUUCGCAUCAAACUCAAUAAUAUUCGCAUUGGGCUGGUCAAAUACUCUGACUUAGAGACACUAGAAUUCUACCUGACCAAAAAAUCAUCUGUUUUGGAUGUGGACAAGGUUCUGGAGAAGGUUACCCACCAAGGGGGCGGGAGGAGGACGGGUGGAGCCCUGGAUUCCAUAGACUCUCGUUUCCAGCUGAUAACGCCCGGCGUUCCAACCUACCUGAUCCUCGUCACUGCAGGACAGUCUGACGAUGAUUUCAGAGAACCAGCAAGGAAACUCAGGCAGCAAAACGUCACCGUCUUUGCUGUUGGUUUAAAGGAUUCACCCCUAGAUGAGCUGCAGGAGAUUUCUGGGGACUUAGAGCGGACAAUUUAUAUCAGGGAUUAUUAUUUGCUAAAGCAGAUCAAAGGCGAUAUUCUAAGACCAAUCUGUGGUUCAGCAGUUUGUAAGGAUUCACCCAGCGACGUAAUAUUUUUGACCGAAAGCUCUGACAGAAUCUCUGCGGAGGACUUUAGGAAGAUGAAAGAGUUCAUGAAAUCUGUCAUCAACAAGUCUAUUGUCGGCCCAGACGGCGUUCAUGUGGGGGUCAUGCAGUUCAGCGAUGACGCUGAAUUAGUGUUUUCUCUGAAGGGUCAGAAAGACGAAAUCCUGAGAUCCAUAAAUGGGAUGAACCAGUUAUAUGGAGGCGUUCAAACCGGACGAGCCCUCAGUGAGGUUUCAAGGUACUUCGAUGAAUCUGAAGGAGGACGACCCAAACUGAGGCAGAACCUGGUGCUGAUAACAUUCAGUGAAGCAGUUGAUGAAAUCAGAGGUCCUGCAAAGGCUCUGAGGGAAAAAGGAGUGGUUAUCUUUUCAAUUGAUGCCCAGGACGGUAGCUACAGCCAGCUGACUGAGAUCAGCGGACCUCCAGACAGAGUGGUUAAUGAAGUAAAGGUUGAUCUAAUACAAGAACUGGACAGCAUGCUGGCCUUGAAGUUCUGCGAUCCACAAAGAGAUUGUAAGAAGGUAGGAAGAGCUGACAUUAUCUUCCUGGUGGAUGGCUCAAGAAGCAUAGGUGACAGAUUCAUAAGCAUGCAAAUAUUUAUGGACUCUAUAGUGAACCAGACCAUAGUCAGUGAGGACUCUACACGUUUUGGAGCCAUUCUUUACUCCGAAACACCUGAAGUACAGUUUCCUCUAAACAAGUAUUACUCAAGUGCAGAAGUUCGUCAAGCUAUUACUAGAAUGAAGCCACCUGAUGAUACAACCUACACUGGCAGAGCUCUGGAAUACUCGUUGCAGUACUUUGAGGAGAAAAAUGGCGGCCGGAGAAACCUCAACGUUCGUCAGAUUCUCAUGGUGAUCACCGAUGGGGAAGCCCAUGACACAGACAUGCUAAAAAUGCAUUCCGAUGCAUUGCGAGCAAAAGGUAUCACUGUCAUCAGUAUUGGAGUAGAGGACGCAAAGGAGGACGAGCUGCUGACCAUGGCUGGAAACGAUGAAUCCCUUGUCUUCUUUGUGAAGGACUUUAAGAUGCUUGAAACUCUGUACAGAAACAUGUCUCAAAUCAUCUGCAACAAAACCAAAAAAGCGUGUGAUGAGAUGGACUUGGUCUUUCUGUUGGAUCGCUCCGGCAGCAUCAACACAGCAGAGCACAAGAUCGUGAAAGACUUUACAGCAGAUUUAGUGGAAGACUUUCAGAUUGGUGAGAAGACUGUGCAUGUUGGACUUGCGCAAUUCAGUGCAGACUUUCAAGAUGAGUUUUACCUCAAUGAGUACUAUAACAAACAGGAAUUAGCUAAUCGCGUACGCCAGGUGAGAUAUUUGGGAGGCAGCACCUACCUCGGUAAGGCCCUGAACUCUGUAAAGGACUAUUUUAGCCCCUCACGAGGCAGCCGCGACACAGUGCCCAAGACCCUGGUGGUGUUCUCAGAUGGUAAUUCCCAUGAUGACGUGGAGGAUGUAAGCAAUGAGAUCAGGAAUAGGAAAAUUACUGAUGAUGUAAUAGCCAUAGCAAUUGGAGAUAUCUAUGACACCGAGCUUCUGCAGAUUACUGGGGACCCAAAGAAGGUUAUUAGAAUUGGUGAUAUAGAGAACCUACCAAGUUUCAAGAAGAAGGUUUCGGAGGCUAUCUGCAAUGAUGAAUCUCCUCCUCCUCCUCCUCCUGUUGAAAACUGCACCAUCGAUGUCGCCAUUGGAUUUGAUAUUUCUCAAGCCCCUAAUGUGCCCCUGCUCAGAAUUGUUAGUCCCCUCCAGGAAAUCGUCCGUUCCAUUUCCAUCGUCAAUGACCUCAGUAACCUGCCUCCAAUCGAGACCAAGAUCUCCUUCAGCAUCAUGAGUCCCGAUGGCAGCUACUUGUACGACACAAACUUUGAGGCCUUCAACCCAGAAGUUCUGAUGAAAAUCUCGACCUUUUCUUGGUCCCAGGCCACAUAUAUCAACUCGGCCUUGCUGAGUGGAUUCAACGCCAAGUUCCGGUCUAAGUCUAGAGCAUCUGUCAAGGUGCUGAUCAUCUUUUCUGAUGGACUGGAUGAAGAUGUGAUGAGAAUGAAGCAGGAAUCUAAGCGGCUACAAAACUCUGGGGUCAGCGCUCUGCUUGUCGUGGCCUUAGAUGUCACUCAAGCCUUCCGGGUCCAGAUGGUCGAGUUCGGAAGAGGACACAAGUACAAGACUCCUCUAAGCAUCAACCUUCAGAAUAUCAACGAAGUCAUCCUACAAGAGAUUAGUUCUGUAGGAGAUCGAAUCUGCUGCAAUGUCUUUUGUAAAUGCUACGGACCCCCAGGACCUCCUGGUACUCCUGGAAGGCCAGGAAUUAAGGGCUCACCUGGUCAGAAGGGUCACCCCGGCUAUCCUGGAUAUGAAGGGUCACCAGGAAAACGAGGCCCCCCUGGAUUACCUGGACCCCAGGGGAUCCAGGGAUGUCCUGGACCCAGGGGACAGAAGGGAUCUCACAGCUCCUCGGGUGAGAGGGGUGAAGAUGGAGAAAAUGGGGUGGAUGGAGUGAAUGGAGAACAGGGGAACGCAGGCGUAGCUGGAAUUAAAGGAGAAAAAGGAGAUCCUGGAGGCUCGGGCAUCCCGGGGACCAGAGGUGAGAAAGGACUGAAAGGAGACCGAGGCCUGAGAGGAGAUCCGGGAGAACCGGGACCCAACAACCAACAAAGAGGACGCAAAGGAGACCCUGGAGACCAAGGAGAGCCGGGAGAAGCUGGAAGCGACGGGAUAAAAGGAGCAAAAGGAGAGAAAGGAAACGAGGGUCGAGAUGGAAGACGAGGCCAAGGCGGCUCGCCGGGAGAUCCUGGAGAAAAAGGAGAUCGAGGCCUCCCAGGUGUGCCGGGAGUUUCAGGCCUAAAGGGACCCAGAGGAGACAAAGGUCAGCGAGGACCAAAGGGGAUUGCAGGUUUUCCUGGACGUCAGGGCGACCCGGGACGGCCUGGACCUCCAGGAGCUGCUGGACGUCCGGGUGCUAAUGGACAGAAGGUGUUUGUUAAGGAGCAGCCUUUGUCCAACAUGGGAAAUCUUGAGGCUGAUGUUAAUAAGAUUUUGUUUUUCUUGAAGGGCCAACCUGGAGACGUGGGUGAUAAGGGCGACAUCGGACCAGGGGGAGCCAAAGGACCGCCGGGUCAGGAUGGGCCGGAUGGUGAGGGAUCAAAAGGACGUCCGGGGAGCAAGGGAAGUUCUGGUUUUCCUGGUUAUCCUGGUCCAUUGGGUGAGAAGGGUGAUAAAGGAGGCAGCGGUUUUCCUGGGAGGACAGGGAACCCGGGUCGAUCUGGGAACUCAGGAAGACCGGGAGAAGAAGGAGAGGAUGGAGAUUCUGGAUAUUCUGGACACAAAGGAGGCCGAGGUCCUCCUGGAAAGAGGGAAAAAUCUGAGUGCGAACUGAUCACCUACAUCAGAGAAAACUGUGUUUGCUGUCACGGUCCGAUCCAGUGUCCGGCCUACCCCACAGAGCUGGUCUUCGCUUUAGACUUAACGACUGGCUUCGAGUUUAACAGGCAAAGGGAGAUCAUGCUGUCCAUGUUGAGGAACAUCACCAUCGCUGAGAGCAACUGUCCAGUGGGCGCUCGUGUCUCUGUGGUGGGAUACAGCAGAUCCACCAAGUACCUGAUCCGUUUCCAGAAGCACCGCAGCAAGAAAACUCUUCUAAUGGACAUAGAGGAUCUCCCUGGAGAACGCAACGCAGAACAGCGGCACCUCGGUGCGGCCAUGCUGUUCGUGGGCCGAAAUGUCUUCAAGCGUGUCCGCUCUGGGCACAUGAUAAGGAAAGUGGCGGUGUUCUUCUCCGGCGGAGAGUCACAGGACCCUGAGGAUAUAGUUGCUGCGAUGAUGGAGUACCAGGCGCUGAACAUCAUCCCUGCCGUCAUCUCUGCCAGGAACAGCCAGCAGAUCAGUCAAGCAUUGGAGACUGAUGCGUCUGGUAGAUCCAUCUUCGCUCUGACACGUCCGCAAGACCUGGAGCGGGUCAAGACCUGCACCAUCUGUUAUGAUCCUUGCAGACGCUCAGAGGAGUGCUCCUUCAUCCAGAUCCCGGUGCCGCCUCAGCAGGCCAAUAUUGACCUGGCUAUAGUUGUGGACAGUUCCAGGAACAUGCAGGCGGAUGAAUACGCUGGUGCCAAGCAGCUGCUGGGUUCUGUGGUGGAGCAGCUGGUGGUAAGUCCUCAGCCCCGCAGACCCGGAAACCAGGCUCGCAUUGCUGUGGUCCAGCAGAGCGGCACCAAGGAGGCCAGGGUGGAGUUCGACCUGCAGACCUACCAGGGUCAGGCUGGAAUGAAGCAACACCUGAUGGAGAAAAUGCAGCAGCAGAGCGGUGCCUCGAUUUUGGGACAAACACUUGACUACACCAUAAAGGAGGUGCUGCAGAAGGGUGCCCUGCCACGUAGAAGAAGGGCUCUAAUGGCCGUCGUCGCCUCCCGAACAGAGAACAGAGACCGAGACUGGCUGCGGUACAUCUCCCUGAAGUCCAAGUGUGAGGGCGUGGCCAUGUUUGUGGUGGCAGUCGGUGAUCGGUACAACCAGACCCAAGUGAGGGAGAUGGCUGGUCUACCUACCCGUCAGCACCUCGUCCGAAUCAGCCGGCUUGAGACCCAGGAGCAGGGCUACGUUCAGCGCUUCUUCAGAGUCUUCCUUUCUGUCCUCAGCAAGAACCUGAACACGUAUCCUCCUCCUUCAAUAAAAACAGAGUGCAGCCGGCUGAGAGAGCCUGAGGACUUCCUACUGAUGGAGGACUUUUCAUCUGGACAGGAGCUGCUUGCUGAUGAUGCUCAGGCAGGACCUCCGAUUCCAUACCAAGAUGUCUGUCUCCAGAACAAGAAAAGCGGCAGCUGCAAGACCUUCACCUUCAUGUGGUUCUAUGACAGCAAGAACGCUCGAUGCACCCGCUUCCUCUACAGCGGCUGUGGAGGCAACCAGAACCGCUUCAAGACCAGGGAGGAGUGUGAGGACACGUGUCUCAGGAAGACGUUAGCUGGAGACGUUUAAUGCUGUUUGAGAAGCCAAGUAUUAUUGAGUCCACAGAGCUGGACCACAACCACAGAAUCCCAGAUUUCAGCAGGACUUUCUCUACUUUUACUGCAGCUACAAAAAUGUCCUGUAUUUCCAAGGAAGUUGUUGAUUUUUCUUAUGCUAACUACCCCAAUGUUUGAUCUCUCAUCAUCCAAACCAACAUUAGUUUCCAUAAAAUGAUUUCAGCAAAAUAUUUUCUUAUGAAUUGUUGAGAUGGGAUGAACAGAGCCUUUGUGUCGAUGUGCAAGAUUCAGAUUAUGUUGAUCAGAAUUCAGUUUUAAAUGAUUUUGUCCAAAUGACUGCAUGAAUUUGUUUCUACUGUAUCUGGAGCAAAGAGGCGCCUAAAGCCGGGCCUAAACUGGGGGAUUUUGUCAAUCAUUGCACGCAGCUACAGCUCACACUGUACGACGAAACGGCCGGGUUUAAAAGUUCACAGCUGAGGAUGUUUGUUCUCUGUGCGACUCGACGCUCUGAUACGAUCUACCUGCUCACACAAAAACCAUACGCUUGACUAGGCGCUGAGAGAUGGCGCCGGUUGGACUGCUGCACAUGUACAGUGGUGAUAUUCUUGGAAAUCAGCUCGUAGCUCUGCUUCAACACUAGGAUUUGAUCACCAACAUCUCACGAGGACCCACUGAAAUUCAAACAUUUUCUCCCGACCUGAUGGGGAGGUGGUCGUUAGAGGCUGAUCGCCCCUCGUUACCCCCUGGUCACCACAUCACGCACAAUAAGGCUGAAAGUCGGCCCCAUCGAAAGAUUCUCGCACGACUGGAAAAUCGACCUGAAAAGGGAAAAGAAUCAUACAGCGUACGCACGGCUAAAAAGAAUUCACCCUUACUGAUCUUUCCCACAUCGGGUCUAAUGUGACACUUCAUCCAACAGACCAGCGACCAGCAGUUCACAGUUUAAGCCAAAAAACAAGAAUUUGUUGUUCCCUUUUUUAUCAAUAAAAUCUAAGAAAUGUGAAA